AUGGAUGGUAAGAAAAUUGAGGCCGGCAGAGGGUCUCAAGGACCGUCGCAGGUUAAGCUGCAGGAAACUGAUAUCAUAAUUGGCCCGUUCGGGUCGGGUUUGGCGAAUGUCGUUUACAUGCGUCCGGGGACUCAACUCGUGGACUUCGCUACCACUAAUCAUCCUUUCAACCCUGACUUCCUUGCUAUGGCCCGACACUCCAGAGUGGGGUACUUCUGUAUGUUCAUUGAUGACAAUUUCGUGGCGCGUGACAUAAUUCUAGGUACGGAUAUGCGUCAGUUCCCUCGAAACCACGAGGGUGGUGUAGUCCUUCCUGAUGAGCUCAUACGGCCACUCGCAGAUGAAGUCAUGGCGAACUACGAGUUGGAAAGGCAAAGACCCCAACCGCGAUUGCAGGACCCGGUCCUGAACGUCAAACGCCUCUGUUUGCAUGAUAGAUAUUUUCAGAUCGACUUGUGUGAUGGUGGAAAGAAUGUCUUCACUCAGUGCAAACGACCGUCAGGAUGGCAUCUCGCCGACUAUCAAACCGUGGUAGCUGAUUGA